GCACGGUAUCCGGACAAUGAUCGUGCGCGCAGCAGACGACGCCGCCGAGACGGCGGACCUCGGUCGCCAUGCAGCGCCCAUCGUCUGGGUCGCUGCGACUCUAUGUGCCAUCGUGCUGUGCAUGCUCGACCUCGCGUCGCUUCUCGGUGCAUCCGUGUCCACCUCGUCGUUUGGCCUCUUCUCGCUCGCCAAGCUCGCCAUCUCGAUUGACGCGGUGGGCGCCAACCUCCUGACAGGCUACCUCUUUACUUGCUUUUGGAUGCUCUCGCGCGACGGCUACACGUGGCCAUGCGCUUUCUGGUGUCUCGCCCAGCUGCUUGUCGGCAAUCUCGCCCUGUGCAUCUACGUUGUCCGAGCCUUGUACACGACCAACGGCGACUGGAGCGCGUUCUGGUGCGGGCCGCGCACGCGCACGUCCAUGGACAAGGUCCACCGAUGUCUGUAAUGCUUCAAUACGAAUAUAGUGAUA